AUGAAGUUCUCUUGCACUUUCCUGCUGCUGAGUGUCUGCCUGCCGGUCUUGCUGGCUGGCGUUUCCAGGCCCAGGCGCUCUCUGUGGGACUUGAAAGACCUGAUAGACUGUGCUCUGCCGUCCAGCUGGCCGGUCAUUGACUUUGCUGAUUACGGAUGCUACUGUGGAAAGGGAGGCUCCGGCACUGCAGUGGACCAACUGGACAGGUGCUGUGAGACUCAUGACCACUGCUAUGGUGCUGCCAUGGCUCUGCCUGCCUGUGCUUCUAUUCUGGACCUGGACAACCCCUACACCUAUGGCUACAACUACCAGUGUGACCACGCCACUAAGACCAUCACCUGCCUGGCUACGAAUGACGCGUGCCAGAUGUUCAUCUGUGAGUGCGAUAAGCACCUGGCCCAGUGCAUGAGUACUGCCCCCUACAUCAGUGCUCACGACCACUACGACCAGGCCCUGUGUCACCAGCACAGCUGAACACCAGGCCAUGCCCCCCGUGGAGCCCAUCCCCAGCUUAGCCCCGCCCCCAUCGGAGCCC